AUGGAGUUAAUAGCAAAGCAUUCAAUAUUUAGUGAGAUCAUGCAAAAAGAUGUAGAAUUUGAAACGAAUAAUAGACAUUUGUGUGAAAAAUAUUUUAAAAUAUGGAAAAACGUCGUCGAAGCGAAAAUAGAACAGAAACGCAACAAAGAACUAAUAAAAAGACAAAGAAAAAAAUUAAAUACAUUUCUAACGAAAGUAAAAAAACACAAGGCAAACGUGAAAAUAAAAUAUAAAGCGGAUGAUGAAUUUUCGAAAAAAUAUAAAAAAUACGCGACUGUAAGUCCGGAAUCUAACAGGAGUUACGAAAACAGUUUCAAAGCGCAAAAAACGAUAAUCGAGAUGCAGAAAACAAGAUUAGAAGAGCAAAAUAGGAUAAUUCAAGAUUUAAAAUUGGGUAUAAUGACUGAAGACCUAGAAAAAUCUAUAGCGAAAUCGAAAAUGAACAUUCGCGAGAUAUUCACAAAUUGUUCGACAGAAACUAAAAUUAAAAUACCAAUUUUAUUGGUGGAGGAACCAAAAAUUUCAAUAAGCACCCAAAAAGCUCCGAAAAUUUUACAGGAAAUGCAAGAGAAAGCCGUAAAAAGGGCCGAAAACAGACAACAAAUACUAGAAAGAAAGAGACUGAUUGAGGAAAUGCGCCAGAAAAUGCUAACCCAAGCGAUGGAAAAUAAAAAAAACGUUAGACGAAGAGAAAAAAGCACACAUUUUGGAUAUGAUAAAAGAAAAUAGAAGGAAACAACUGGAAAUGCAGCAAAUUAGACAAACAAAUAAACGAAUUUUCUUAGCAAAAUGGAACAGGAGUGUUGAAUUUUACAACAAACGUUUGAUUAUGACUUGUUUUCGGAAAUUAUAUAGUAAUUUGGAAAGGUCUCGAGGAAAUGACUGUUUAGCUGGCCACCAUUACAAAAAUACUUUACUAAAAAAUUGCAUCAACGCUUGGAUCGUCCUAGUGGAAGACAGUUACAAAAUAAAAACCGAGAUAGCUGAUGAACAUUUUAAAUAUAAAACACUAAAAAGAAGUUUCGCUAUUUGGUGCGAGUUUCGUCUAGAAACCGUUAGAAAUAUGCAAGUAGCUGAAGAUAUUUACGAUUUGAGAUUGACGAGCAACGUAUUUAUUCAUUGGAAUCGUUAUACAUGUCUACAAUUUAUGCAACAGCAGAGGAAAAUACAAAAAGCUGAUAAACAUUACGGGCGGUGGCUUUUGUUUCGCUGUUUCUAUCAAUGGAAGUCCUUGAAGAUUGUCGUCCAACUCGAAAAAGCGAAAGAUUUGAAAAAAGAACGUUGGCGUCAAAAAGUUUGGGAAGUUUUGCCCGAUUAUCAACCGCCCAUUGAUUGGUAA